GUUCGGUGGAGAGCCUGUCUCACACGACCUCGUCCCCGCAGCCAUCGCCAGCUGCCUCAACCCACGCCUCCCGCAUCGCCGAUCCCUCCUUCUCAGUCGACCACGCUGCUGCUGACGUGUCUGCCGCGGAGGAGACCCCCAGCGAGUCAGAAUCGGUCUUCCUCCCCGACUACCUCUUCCUCUCCAACUGCGAGUCGGGCAAGCUUAGCCACAACAGGUGUGACAGCUGGUCAAAUUCGGACAGAUCUCUGGAGCAAACCUCAUCAGACGAUGUUUUUGUCGACUCCUUGCAGUCCCAGCCCUCCUUGUACCUUGUGCAGCCGUCCAGCACUGGCACUGUGCACCAGGAUGGGGCCCCACUGGCAAAUCCCAACACCGUGUCCAGGAACAUAGACAUUAGCGGGCCACCCAGUGACUUUUCCUCCUCUUCUCCACUGCUGGGGACGCCGCUGACACCAACCUUUCAGAUUGACAAGAGCCAAAACGCACUGCCCUACGGUGUAACCCAGCUGGAUGUCCUGUCCAACACGCCCCCGCCGCGGCCGCCCAAGCCGACCCACUUCUCAGACAGGAGAGGGGAUGAGGUGGGCGGCGGGGCCCUCCAGAAUGGGCACGCAGGGAUCUGCCGGGCUCAGGUCACUCUGGUGCCCAGGAGGAUCUCCUUGUCCAGCUUAGACAACGUGAGGAACUGGAAAGCAGACAUGGAAGGCAGUUCCUUAAGAAGUCGGGAUAAGAGGCUUAGCUUGAAUUUGCCCUGUCGGUUCUCCCCACUCUACUCAACUGCUUCGGACAGCACGGAGGACAGCUACGUACCCAUGCGCCCCAGCACCUCUCCCUCUGCGCCCGGCUCCGACUGUUCACCUGACGGCUACAUCCCCAUGAGCCCUGGCUCAGCCACGUUUACCUUCCCUGUCGUCAGCACUGAAAAACUCACCAGCCCGUUACCUGAGCUUCCCUCAGACCUGGAGCCCCCUCCAGUGAACCGAGACCUCAAGCCUCGUAGGAAAUGUAAGCCCAGACCUGAAAUGUAA